UUAAACAAUUUCCUGUAACUAUUGAUUUAGUUCUAUCUACUCGCUACUAGUUUGAAAGUAAAGGGAAUUGUCUACAUCCGACGUUUGUGCUACAAUGUGUAACUAAAUUGCAUCACACGAAAGGAAGAAAACCUGCCUAGUGGGAUUAACAUCGGCUGGAAGAUUAUAUUGGUAGCAGAAGCACCGUUCCAGCACAUAGAUACAGAAAAAGGAUUAUAACAGUAGGAAAAUGGUGCAGAAGUACGAGUCUCCCGUGAGGAUAUAUAAAUAUCCCUUCGAGCUAGUUAUGGCGGCAUAUGAACGCCGGUUUCCUACGUGUCCCCAGAUGCCAAUCGUUUUGGACUGUGAAGUGGUGGAUGAUGCACAAUCAGAUAACGGUGCCAAACGAGAAACGAAGCGACGGUGCAAGCUGGCCGUUGAUGCACCUUACCUGUUCAAAAAAAUCAUCGGCAUCGAUGUGGCUUUCUUCAUCCAAACCAACUUCCUGGACAUGAAGGCCCGCACGCUGAGCAUCGAAGCCAUCAACGAAACUUUCUCAUCCAGGAUAGAGAUCUUCGAAAAAUGCCGCUACUACGCUCACCCGGAAAAUCCAGAUUGGACCUGCUUCGACCAGACGGCCACACUAGACAUCAAGAACUUUUUCGGCUUCGAGCAUUCGAUGGAAAAGAUGGGCAUGAAACAGUACUCGCAAACUACCCAAAAGGGCAAAGAAAUCAUCGAAUUCUUUAUCAACGAACUGAAGAAGGAAGGCAUCACGCAUGUGGAAAGAUGGAAAGAAGAUGAAACAACAGAACCCACUGCAACCUGUACAGCAACGGUAUCAGUUUCCAGCGAAAAACCGCCCCUCACACGUGAUAACAGUAUAUUGGAUGCGGAUUAUAUAGCCACCUACUUGGGCCAGCUGUCGCCGCUGCAGGAAUCCAAACUGGUUCAAUUUAGGAAAAAGAUCGAAGAAACCAACCAUGAACGCAAAGUGCCCGACUUUCAAACCCUAUUGCGAUUUCUGCGGGCACGGGACUUCAGUAUCGAAAAAGCUGCCAGCAUGUUGCAGGAGUCGUUACAGUGGCGUGAGGAGCACCGCAUCGAUGACAUUCUCAGCGAGUACAAAAUGCCAAUUGUAGUGGAAAAGUAUUUUCCCGGCGGGUGGCACCAUCACGAUAAAGACGGCCGACCUUUAUAUAUCCUGCGGUUAGGUAACAUGGACGUGAAAGGCCUGCUCAAAUCCGUUGGCGAGGACGAGCUAUUAAAGCUGACGUUGCACAUAUGCGAAGAAGGAUUAAGGCUCAUGAAAGAAGCGACCAAAUUGUUUGGGAAGCCUAUAUGGAACUGGUGUCUUCUGGUGGAUCUGGACGGUCUUUCGAUGCGUCACCUAUGGCGACCCGGGGUGAAAGCCCUGUUACGAAUAAUCGAAACCGUCGAGAAAAACUACCCGGAAACCAUGGGCCGAGUACUGAUCGUAAGGGCGCCUCGUGUGUUCCCAGUAUUGUGGACGAUCGUUAGUACGUUCAUUGAUGAAAAUACUCGAUCCAAGUUUUUGUUUUUUGGUGGGCCUGAUUGCUUGCACAUAGAAGAUGGAUUGGAACAUUAUAUACCGACAGAAACCAUACCCAAUUUUUUAGGCGGUUCCUGUAAUCCAAGCAUUUCGGCAGUGGCGGAACCGGUGCCAUCUAAAUUGUACACACGGUGCUUUCUGAGCGCGUGUCAUUGUACGAUGAUUCACGAAGGCGGUCUUAUACCGAAGCAUUUGUACAAAUCGGAAUCGGCAGAAGAAAACAAUGGCGCAACGCACACGCACGAGCACCAUGGAUUGUACAAAUCGGUCGAUCUCAAACCGGGGCAGAUGUUCGAACUGAUCAUCAAGAACACCGACCCCAAAUCGGUUUUAACGUGGGACAUUGACGUACUCAAGAACGACAUCUUAUUCGCGCUCUAUAGAACCGAUAACGAUCUGGAACAAAGUUUCAACGAGUCAUUUUCAUCCGUGUUCGACAACCCUGAAAUGAAAGAAGGCGUACAUUACUUUAGACUCGAAGAGAAGGUCAGAUGUAAACCUAAAGAGGGCGUACAAGGUUCCCACGAAAUGGCCACUGCCGGAACAUACGUUCUGCAGUGGAUGUGUCCGCCAUCCUGCGAUGGCCCUGCUCAAUUGAUGUACUUUCAUGAGAUUCUCAGCUCCGCCAACUACAAAGGCUCAAUGACUAGUCUGCAAUCGGGAUUCUCCUCGAACAGUCUGCAAUCUCGAUGAGACGAAACUGAUGAGACUGAUGCUACCCCGCGCCACUAAGGGGUCAAUUGCAUGAGCAUCCCCCAUUCUCAUUCUUUCUGAAAGUAGCGUAGAAUCUCUUUUGAUGGUAGUAAGCAUAACGGCUAACAUUUCACAUUGAUGACACAUGCAAAGUUGCAUUUGAUUUGAUAAAUUAUUGCAAUUUCAAAGGUUGUAACAUAGAAACAAUAAGCAAACAAUCAAGGAACGAAGAAUCUUUUAACAGUAUGCUUGAUGGUUCAGAAUGGUGAAGUGUGAAACGUGUUGUAUACAUCAUUGCAAACAUAAAACCUGAACUGCAUAACAUCGGCAUCAUUUAUGAACAAGGCAGUAGAUAAUGUAUUUAGGUCAAAAGUAAUUAGCAAAUUUAUGUCCGCGUGACUUAGACAUAAGACAAUAUCAGACAGAAGCGUGUAGAAACCUACAUGUGAAUUUUCAAUCGUUUAACAGCAGAUUAUGAUCUCAAAUUCUACCUUGAAACAAAGUCUACAGAUACAGUUAUUCGAAUCAUUUUAUACAAGUAACCCUACUAUUAAGCAAAAAUCACACUUUAUUGAUGUUGCACGAAUACAGAAGCUUACAGGAUCGAAGUCAUUUUUCUACCUGAUUUAGCGAAGCCAAACCAUAAAUUAUUGUGUACAUCACAAGAGAAGAAACAAAACUCUGCUUAUCAUGGUCUAUACAACGGUAUAGAGUUCAAUGUGGUAUAUAUUUUACAACUGGUACACAUAGCAAAAUACCCGCUGUACAUGAAGCAAAUGUAUAGUUGCUUUGAAUAUAGGACCUAGGAUCACAACUAUCGUGAAUCUCUUUACCUCACAUCUAUUAACUUCACCGCCAAGUAGAACAAACUUAUGAGGCUAUAGCAAUGACCGACCCCACUAUGUUAUAUCACCUACAAAGUUUCCAUUGUUUUCAACAGUGUAUAAACCGUUCUGAUAUAUUUACUACUAAGUAAUAGUUGCGAACAUUUUCAUGAACAUUCAGUACGAUAUGUAGCACGGGUAGGCGAGAAAUAGUAAUAAUUAUAUAAAGUGUUAAUGUAAAUCUGUGAUAAAUUUAAUAAAAGAUUUUUGUUCAAAAACAGAAACGUAUGGUCGACUACAUGUUCGAGACAUCAGAAGCAGUAUACGUUCGUACUUUUUUUACUUACAGUACUUUCUCUCAUAGAGGUUAUCUUUAAGUUUGUUUGUCCCACCAAGUAUGGUUUUCUCUUGACGAUGUUAUGCCGGUAAAGUCCAGUCAAUACAACAAACAGAUUCCAACCAUUGAAAUAUACGUAUAGCCAUUAGAAAAUCUUAGAAUAGACUUCUUCAAGCUUAUUUAAGAAUGUAGAAAAGAAGUGACAUAUUGUAUCCACAUAUAUUUUUGGAUCAACUCAAAUACAAAACUCAUACAUAAUCAGCAAAACCAGUAGGAGGCGCCACUGUUUUUUAUCAGCAUACCCAACACAAGUACGAUAGAAAUUCAUUCGAAAAGUUCAAUUCGUAUUAUCCCUUUUAUCAUUAUACGCUUGUUGAUUACGAUUGUUCAGUUUUAAAUGCUAUUAUAUAUGCAAACAUUGAGAUUGCUGAUUACAACUCAAAAUUAAUUCCUUAUUAGGUUUAUAGUGAAACGAAUAUUGUACUUCAUUAAUGGAAUUGAGGUUCUUUUUAUAUGCAAAAUAAGUUACAAUGCAAAUAAUAGAAGUUGCAACAUACAAAUAAGCUGCAAAACAUAAAUUUAUUGAGGAUAAGUGCAACCAAUAAAAUUAAUUAAUUGAUCUAAGAUCAGAUACAUUACUAAAAAUACAAAAAACAUGGUUUGGUACACAUCGGGACGGGAAAGUCAUUAAAAAUAAAUUAUUAUAAUUAACACACAUUA